AUGGAUACUUUGACGACCAUAGCUUUUGACCAGCACGUUAUCGUACGGUUGCCGUCAAAAAAUCACAAAAUAGUGGAGCUCAAGCCUAAUACCUCCAUAUCGUUGGGAAAAUUCGGUGCUUUUGAAGUAAAUGACAUAAUUGGUUAUCCAUUUGGUUUGACCUUCGAAAUAUACUAUGAUAAUGAAGAAGUUUCAGCCGAUGAGAAGAAGGAUUCCAAGCCAAAGAACAAAAUCCCUAUUGGGAAAGUAAGGUUAUUGUCACAGGGGGUUAACGAUGAGAACAAUGACAAGGAAGACUGUCUAAGCGAGACUACAUUGUCUAUUAAGGAAAAAUCAGUCUCUGUUGAAUUGUCCAGCAUUGACAGCAGUGCCACAAAUCAGAAUUUAGUUAACAUGGGUAGCAAAGCCCAAGAGUUAACCAUCGAAGAAAUUGAAAAAAUGAAGCAAGAGUCCUUAUCUAGCAAAGAAAUCAUUGAUAAGAUUAUCAAGUCUCAUAAAAGUUUCCACAACAAGACCGUAUACUCUCAAGAAAAAUAUCUCAACAGGAAGAAGCAAAAGUUCGCAAAGUACUUCACUGUUGAAUAUCUGAGUAGUUCUAAUCUCUUACAGUUCUUAAUUGAUAAAGGUGAUAUACAAAGAGUGCUGGACAUGUCUCAAGAAUCAAUGGGAAUGCUGCUGAACCUUGCAAACAUUCAGUCGGGCGGAAGCUAUUUGUGUAUGGAUGAGACUGGUGGUUUAUUAGUUUACUUUCUGUUGGAAAGAAUGUUUGGUGGAGAUAAUGAAAGUAAAUCCAAGGGCAAAGUUGUUGUUAUUCACGAAAAUGAACAUGCGAACCUGGACUUACUGAAAUUUGCUAACUACUCUGAGAAAUUUAUCAAAGAGCAUGUUCACACCAUAUCCUUAUUAGAUUUUUUUGAACCACCUACACUAGACGAAAUUCAGGAAAGGUUUACUCCAUUGCCUAAGGAAGAAGCACGUGCAUUGAAAGGUGGUAAGAAGAACUCAUAUUAUCGUAGACUAAGGUGGUACAAUACACAAUUACAGAUCUUAGAAUUAACAGGCACUUUCCUAUACGAUGGUCUUGUAGUGGCAACUACGCUACAUUUGCCGUCAGUAGUACCGAAGUUAGCUGAAAGGGUUCAUGGUUCGAGACCGAUUGUAUGUUACGGUCAGUUCAAGGAAACUUUGUUGGAAUUGGCCCAUACCUUGUACUCUGACUUAAGAUUUUUGGCGCCUUCCAUCUUGGAGACCAGAUGUAGACCCUACCAAAGUGUAAGGGGUAAACUGCAUCCUUUGAUGACCAUGAAAGGCGGUGGUGGAUACCUAAUCUGGUGUCACAGGGUUAUACCUGCGCCUGAACCCACUUUGGAGGGUACAGCUGUAGUCGAGACCAGCAACGCUACCAUUGAGCACGAUAUUAAAAAGCAAAAAAUAUAA